AUGCCCUUACAAUAUCCACUUCUUUUCCUACAUGGUGAAAGUGGAUGGUCCCCUGAUAUGCAUUUGCGUGUUGCUCCGUCAAAUAAAGACACAAAGUUGUCUAUAAACAUGUAUUACAGCUAUCUGUUACAUGACCGCUUUAAUGUAUAUACGCUACUCUUAAACGGUGGUAGGCUUUUCCAACAAUUUGUUGUUGAUGCAUACGUAUGCAUUGAGCAAAGUCGACUUGAUUAUUAUAGAAAAAACCAAAACACGUUCCGUAACGAGUUCCUUCAAGGAAUACAUGAUGCUAUCCAACAAGGAGAUCUUGAAGGACAAUCAAUAGGAAAGCGAAUGAUUUUACCAUCUUCUUUUGUUGGUGGCCCACGUUACAUGUACAAACACUACCUAGAUGCAUUAGCUAUUUGUAGGGUCCAUGGAAAUCCUCAAUACUUUAUCACUUUCACAUGUAACGUUAAAUGGCCUGAAAUACAAAGAUAUAUGUCCAAAUACCCUUCUCUUAGGCCAGAAGAUCGUCCUGACAGUAUAGCAAGAGUUUUUCAAAUUAAAGCCAAGUCGCUUAUAGCUUUCCUUAAGACUAAAAGACCUUUUGGUGAAGUUGCCGCAGAUUUGUAUACCAUAGAGUUUCAGAAAAGAGGGUUACCUCAUUGCCACCUGCUUUUUUGGGUAACUGAAGCAUGCAAAAUAAGGAGUGCUGCUGAGGUGGAUAACUAUAUAUCCGCAGAAAUACCAGAUCCCGAAAGAGAGCCCGAUCUCUAUAUGGUUGUUAGUGAUCUUAUGAUUCAUGGUCCGUGUGGUUUAGUCAGACCCGAUUCACCAUGCAUGUCUGAUGGGUCUUGCAGUAAAAAAUACGUUGUUCCAUAUAAUCAAACUUUGUCUUUGCACUUUAUGGCUCACAUAAAUGUUGAGUAUUGUGGUUGGAGCUUGCUCAUUAAGUACCUGUUUAAGUACAUCUCUAAAGGUGCAGAUCGUAUACGAUAUAAGGUGCAUAAAGCUGUUAAUGCCCCAGAUGACACCCAAAAUGCACAGCCCUACAUUGAUGAGAUUCAAAACUUUGUUGACGGUCGAUUCAUAUGUCCACAUGAAGCAUCAUGGAGGAUUCUUAACUUCCCAAUACACUAUAGGAAUCCGCUUGUACAGGUACUAUCCGUCCAUUUAGAAAACAUGCAAAAUGUUACAUUCAAGGACAAUGACCAACUCGACAACGUGUUAGAAAAUUCAUAUGCUAAGCAAACUACUCUUACCGAAUGGCUACGCAAUAACCAAAUUGAUGCUACUGGACGUCACUUAAGAUACGUUGAUUAUCUUCUUCAGGAUAAAUGGGAUCUCUCUGCCAAGGUCUGGAUUCAAAGAGCAUCUAACAAAACACCAGCCAUUGGUAGGCUUAUAUAUGUACAUCCAAGUAGUGGCGAAAGAUUUUUCUUAAGGAUGCUUCUAAAUCAUCAAAGAGGUUGUCAGUCAUUUAAAUCCAUAAAAACGGUGCAUGGGGACCCUGUCCAACGUACCGUGCUGCAUGUGAAAAGCUGGGCUUACUUGAAAACGAUCAAGAAUGGUCCCAUGCAUUCAAUGAGGCUGCAAUAUGGGCCACUGCCCCCAAAUUGCACUCAUUAUUCACCCAUAUGCUUUUGUACUGUGACAUAUCAAAUCCCGUAG